UUCAAAUGGAAAUACAAAGAGAACGUCCCGAUUCAGUUAUUUUUAGUGCAAAAUACUUAUGCUGUAUUAUUUCGACAUGUGGUUUUGCUAUUUACUUUUUUUCUUUUUAUAGUUUUUUCGAAAGGUCGUUACAUUUAUCUGAUUUCCAAGAGAAUUUCGAUCAUUUUAAGCACCAAAUGUUUUACGAUGGUUCAAAUCCCACAGCAUUAGUAAGUAGGAAAACGGGAAGUUCUAGUAUGUUAGCGAUUCAAGAAACUUUAAAUACUAUGCAAAAUCGAAUUGAUUAUUUGGAAAAAAUUAACUUCGGAAAAAUUGGCCGAACAGAUUAUGCAUCCGUAAGACUCGGAGGAGAAAUUGUGAGCAUCGAACCGAGCCACUGGUGGUACGGUGUACUAUCUCGCUUGGAAUCCCGACUCGGGAUUGGAAUUUUUGCAAGAAAGAAUAGAAACUGCUGUAUAGUUGAGGAUGAAUGUCAAGGAAGAUCUAAAGCAUUUCACGGAGAUUCGGCCAUCAUCACACUAAAACUUAUGGAUUCGAUAUUUAUUGAAAAUAUCACUAUUGAGCACAUGCCCCUCCGUGUAAUACCCGAUCAUGCCGGUAAAAGCGCUCUGAAAUUUUUUUCAGUUUGGGGUUUGCAACAUUCGACGGAUACUAAAAAUCAAUUCUAUUUCGGAAAAUUUAUUUUUAAUGUUGAACUAGACUUUUUGCAAACAUUCAACAUUACAAGAAGAUCUUCCAACCCACACCAGUAUGUGAAGAUUGUUGUGGAAUCAAACCAUGGUGCUUCGUAUACUUGCAUUUAUCGGAUACGAGUUCACGGAACAAUUGCUACCAGCCUUCAUAAAAAUUUCGGGACGUAUUAAUUGAUGCAUUGUAAAGUUAAGGGUACUAAAUAUCGUUUAAACAACUUGCAU